CAACAACACUAUGGCGGACGUAGUGGGCAGCAGCAGUACUCGGACCGAGGCAACGCCGCCGACAGUUCCGCCGGAGAAGCGUCUGUCGCUCUUCCGCGAGACCUCCAUCCCGCGGAAGCGUCUCAUGCGUCCCAAUCGCCAGCAGAACCCCGUGGUCACGUCCAUCGUGGACGACAUUGUGGAAAAGGCGAUCGAGUUUGACGACGUGCCGUGCACCAACAGCGCGAUCCAGAAGCGCGUAUGUGUGCCAGACGAGGAUCUGUGCAUCAACGAAGGGUGGUGCAGUGUGUGCAACGGCGGGGAGAGCACGCCGGGCGAUCUCAUCGUGUACUGCGACAUGUGCGGCAUCCCCGUGCAUCAGAGUUGCUACGGCGUGCCCGUCGUCCCCAAGGGAAGCUGGAACUGCCAACGCUGCGACGCGCUCCUCGUGACGAACCAAAGUCCGUCAUCCAUGGUUUGCGCUAUUUGCCAUCGCUACGGCGGCGCCAUGAAGCCGCUGCGCCGCAUUCAACGCGUCACGACGUUGCCGGAAUGGGUCCACGUGCUAUGCGUGUGGUGGGACCACGACGUCGUGGUGCCCAACAUGCAACUGAUGGAACCCCUUCAGAUGAUCCAUCCGCCCAUGAACAAUCGCCAGCGAACGUGCAUGAUCUGUCACCGGAACGAAGGCUACCUCAUCCAGUGUCACUGGAAUCAAUGCAAUGCCUGGUUUCAUGCGAUUUGCGCGCGGUUUGGAGACGCAAACCCAAUCCAUCGCCACCGCGACCAGCCCCAGCGCCACCUUGGCGGGGGGUUCCUCCAAGUAGAGAUCGAAGCAGGCCACCGCGCCGCCUUCCACGGGUACUGCCCCCGCCACGCCAUGCACGAGUUUUGUCUGGACGACGUCGUGACCAAACUGGUCGCGUCCAAUUUAAUUGCCGACGCCAAGCUGGUGCGGGAGAUUCGAAAGCUGCCGUCGACGACUCCCGAUCCAGAUGAUCACCUGGCGGCACUGGGCAAACACUUGGUCAAAUACGCAGAGACGUCGAUGGCGUCGCUGCCGUCGCUCCAGCUGCUGCAGAUCCUCGUGGACCACUUGCCCCAGAUUUACAAAACGUACCCGUCCACCACCAUCCAGCUGCACGACCUCCUCGGUGGUGGUUGGAUAGACAAGCUCCACGUGACAUUUGGUCGACAUGCGGACGAUCCAUUUGCGUACUGCGCCGUGUGCCAAGAGCCUCUGACCCAUCUCGACCACGGCUUCUUCUGCUCCCACGCCCAGCGUCCUCAUGUACAGCACUGGACCUGCCAAGCCAACCCACCUGUCCAACCAUCAGCAUCAUCGCGAAAGAAAAAGGCGCGGGCGUCCAAAGCAUCACCUUUGUGGACUGCAGAAGGCCGCGCGCUGCUUCCGCCGUCCACACAAGCGUGGCCCCAAGCCGUGUCGCUUCUGUGCGGAGUCUGCCACCUCCCCAUGGACCACCGCGCGGUGGCCGUGUCGAAAAGCACCCGCUUCAGCAUCCAGCCGUACGUCCAAGCCACCACCGCCGUCUACAGCCACCAGGGUCAGUUUGUGAAUGACGAACGACCACCGCCCGUUGUUGUUGGCAGUGGAGGUACAAGCUCUGGCGCCACGAGUUCUAAGCCGACACCAGCGAAUGUACUGCCAUCCAGCGAUCGAUUCCGCGUCGAACGGGGGCUCAAACUCGUGCAAGAAGUCCAAGCUUUGCUUGAAAAAGCCAAGAGUGUCGACACGAACGGCGGGGAUAACGCCGACAUGUGUGCGCAUUUGAGUACGUUGAUCGACUGGAUCAAACCGCUGGAUGCGUAUGCGGGCGACAAGCUCAGCCAAGUGCUCACGAUGCUCGUCAGCAAACGUGGUCCGGGGGUGGCCGUGCUCAAGCAACUCGUGCGAGAUUACACGAAACUCCUGUACGCCAAGCAUGUCAAGGCCGUGGAGAAGGCGGCGGCAGACCUGAAGAAGCGCGAGAUGGAGUCGGCGGUCGAGUCCAAACGUGUGGCUCGCGAACGAAUCGAGUCGGAGGCGGAACGAACGCUCAAGGCGCAGCUGCAGGCCGCCAAAAAGAGAGAUCGGGCACGAGAGCGGAAGAGGCAAAAGAUGGCCAGUAGUACCAUCAUCCCCACGCCGCCACCGCCGUCGGUGGCUGCACCGGCCAAACGCUGACACUUAAUAUAUAGGAUUCGAGAAGGGUGGAGAAUAAGAACCAUUGGCUUGGAGUACUAUAGUAGUAGUAGUAGUAGUAGUA